AUGGGGAAGAUCACCUUCUACGAGGACCGGGGCUUCCAGGGCCGCUGCUAUGAGUGCAGCAGCGACUGCCCCAACCUGCAGCCCUACUUCAGCCGCUGCAACUCCAUCCGGGUGGACAGCGGCUGCUGGAUGCUCUACGAGCGCCCCAACUACCAGGGCCACCAGUACUUCCUGCGGCGCGGCGACUACCCCGACUACCAGCAGUGGAUGGGCCUCAACGACUCCGUCCGCUCCUGCCGCCUCAUCCCCCCACACACCGGCACUUACAGAAUGAGAAUCUAUGAGAGAGAUGACUUCAGAGGACAAAUGUCAGAGAUCACAGACGAUUGUCUCUCUCUUCAGGACCGCUUCCACUUCACUGAGAUCCACUCCCUCAACGUGCUGGAGGGCUCCUGGGUCCUUUACGAGCUGCCCAACUACAGAGGAAGGCAGUACCUCCUGAGGCCGGGGGAGUACAGGAGAUAUCUUGACUGGGGGGCGAUGAAUGCCAAAGCUGGUUCUUUAAGACGGGUGACAGAUUUUUACUAA